AUGGAGUAUGUGUUGCAAGCUCAGCAUGUCCUGACUAACCAAUUUGUGGAGUUUGUGGCAUAUCAACUUCAAGGGGACGCUCAACACUGGUGGCAAGGAGAAUGCCGCUUACUGCAGCUUCAGAAUGCUGACAUUCCUUGGAAUAUUUUUCAGACGGCCUUCUACAAGAAAUACUUUCCUGAAUCGGUAAGAGAAGCUAAAGAGUUGAAGCUUAUGCAGCUGAAGCAAGGCUCAUUAUCAGUAGCAGAGUACGCAAGCAAAUUUGAAGAGCUCUGUAGGUUUUCAAGGGCAAGGGUGGUGGAAGACUAUGCCAAGAAGGUGACUGAGGGGAGAGGAAAUCGUGAUUUUCCUGACGACCGAGUUCGUGACGAUUACAUUGGACCAAGGGGACAGAACUUCAAGAAAAAUGGUGAAGGGAAGUGGUCAAGAGCUUACUUCCCUGAUAUAAGGUGUCCGGAGUGUGGGAACUACCAUCUGAAUAAGCCAUGCUGGUUGGGUACGAAAAUAUGUUAUAAGUAUAGCGCACCGGGACAUUUGGUUAGAGAUUGUCCACACCGAGGAACACAUAAGGCAGGACUUAGAGAUUCGUUAGAGGAACCAUUGGAGAAGGAGGCUUUUGAUGGAUGUGGCUGA